UAUAUGUUCUCUACCAACUCUUGCCCUACAUCUUGACGUUGUUUCAGUCGUCAGUUCAGUGAAAAGGAAACGUGUGUGGAUUCACAAGCACUUUGUGUGUAUUUAAUAGAAAAUCGUUAAUUCAAGUGACACCCAUUUGGGGUAUUCGUAAUAUUGUGAAAAGGUCAAAAGGGAAAACACUUUCGACAUGAGUCCGUGUGCGGUGUGUGAAGCUCCAACAAAAAGCAAUUGCUCCAACUGCAACCAGGUGUCCUAUUGCUCCGUUGAGCAUCAGAAACAGGACUGGAAGACGCACAAGGGACAUUGUUUCCCAUUUAAGAUUGCGCAGAAUGAUAUUCUCGGUCGGCAUUUGGUCGCCACACGUAACAUUAAGCCCUACGAAAUUGUGCUGAAGGAGGCGCCUCUGAUGCGUGGACCGUCUCAAAUCUCGGCACCGGUUUGUAUGGGAUGCUUGAACAGCAUCGAGGCCAGCGAUCACAUCAAUUGUGACAAGUGUGGAUGGCCACUGUGUGGUCCGGAGUGUCAGGCGCUGGAGGAGCACAAGGCGGAAUGUCAGCUGACCCAAGAUCGUGGCCAGAAAGUGAAUGUCCAGGAGUUUAAUGGCCCACAUCCGUUGUACACCUGCGUUAGCACUGUGAGAUGUUUGCUCAUCAAUGAAACCAAUCCUGCAAAUGCGGAAAAGUUCAAGCAGCUCGAGUCUCUGGAACACACGCGACGUGGCUCUAAUCAAUGGAAGGCGGACUUGGCCAGCAUUGGACAAUUCAUACCCAAAUUCUUUCGAACGCAGAAAUUUAGCGAAGAGGAAAUUAUGCGCGCUGUUGGCGCUCUUCAGAUAAAUGGACAUGAGGUGCCCACUUCGGAUCCCCCACAUGUUGCUGUCUUCUACACAGCCUCGUUCACGGAAAACUCCUGUCUGCCGAACCUGGCCAAGAGUUUCAACAAACACGGACACUGUAUGCUUUGGGCCCCGAAAGAAAUCAAAAAGAAUUCACAUUUGAGCAUUUGCUACUCGGAUGCAGUCUGGGGCACAGCGGAUCGACAGCGACACUUGAUGCAGACAAAGCUAUUCAAGUGCAUCUGCGAACGUUGCCAGGAUGUCACCGAACUGGGCACAAACUACAGUGCCAUCAAGUGUGAGGAUCGCAAGUGCUCGGGUCUUCUGCUGCCAAGCAAGGCGGAUGACUGGAACGGCAGCUGGCGCUGUUCCGAGUGUCAGAAACAAGUGCAGAAAAAAUAUGUGGACGGCAUUCUGGAGCGAGCGGGACAGGACAUUCAGAGUAUGGAAAAAACGGCAGAAAAUGGUUUCAAAUAUCUGAAGCACUAUGAGAAAUGGUUGCCCCCGAUGCAUUAUCACAUGAGCGAAGUGAAAAUUCUGUUGGUGCAGCUUAUCGCCAAGGAUCAAAAGGAGCUAAUGGUUUUGUCAGACGAGCAACUUCAAGUUAAACUGCAAUUCGCCAGGGAUUUAGUUAAUCUCUAUGAGAUUAUAGCGCCUUGUGAAGUGCGUAUGCUUGGAACACUUUGUUUUGAGUUACAUUCGGCAAUUGCCGAGCACACACGACGUAUAGCCCUCGAGACCAGUCUGUCGCCCAAAGAAAUGCUGGAGGAAUCUUUGCUCUAUGUGGAAAAGUGCGUCAGCUAUCUGCAAUACGAAUCGGACAUAUUUGUCGAGGGACACAUUUUAAAACAGGCGAAAAUCAAUCGCGAUGCCCUGCGCAUGGUCAUUAGAAUAUCCUAAUUGAACCCAUUCGUCAUCUCUUUAUUAUUUAUCAAAUUAUUUUGUGCUGGAAAGCUUACAGAAAAAACAGCAAUAAAGCAUAACAUAUUUAUGAAAUGUUAUUAACGCCUGCACU